UUUCUCUCUAUUGCCUCUUCUUCUUCUUCUUCUUCUUCAACUUCAACUUAUUCUUCUUUUGCUUUUUUAGAUUUCCCAUAGCUUUGAGAAUUUUUAUUGAGUUUGAGAGAGAUUGUCUUCUUCACUAAGUUAGUGUGUAAAUUUUACAUACAAGGACAAGCCCUAGCUAGUCUCAUCAUCAGCUGGUUAUAUAGAUCUGUCUCAGCUUUGAUCUGAGCUUGGUGUUUUGUGUGGAUUCAAGCUUCAGAAGACGACAUGGACCAAUUCGGAGGUCACAAAACCAACUGUAAAUUCUCACUUGGGAGACCGAGAUUUGGAUCAAUUAAGGUUAAAAUCCCAAGGAUUCAACCUUUUGUAGCUAAGGAAGGUAAAGAGGUAGAAGAUGAUGAUGAAACUAAAAUCAUCGAGGAGGAGGAAGAAGAUAAUCAUGAAGCUAAGAGUAUGGAUCUAGAGGAAGGAGGUGUGGAAGAAGAGGAGGAAGCAGAAGAGAAGAAGCAUAUAUGCUGUGAAUGUGGUAAAAGGUUUAGCUCAGGUAAGGCUUUAGGAGGACAUAAACGGAUUCAUGUGCUCGAAACUCGUAAGUUCUCAAUGGUGAGACCAAAGAUGGUGUCUGGUAUGGUUGGCAGAUCUGAAAGAGGUGAGUUAGAAGUGGGUUGUUGUGUUUGUUUCAAGAAGUUUACAUCAAUGAAGGCUUUAUAUGGACACAUGAGGUUUCAUCCAGACAGAGGUUGGAAAGGUGUUUUGCCUCCUCUUCCUCAUCCAGUUCUUGGUAAUUCGUCUUCUUCUACACUCUCUAUUGAUGAUCAUGAUGAUGAGCUUAUAAGCUCGGAUUAUGAUGAUGAUGAUGAUGAUGAUGAUUUUGAUGAUGAUUAUGAGAACUCUGAGUUAUGGGACCAUAAGGAAACGUUUGAUGAUCAUGAUGAUGAGCUUAAGGAAACGUUUCAAGGAUGGUCAAAAAAAGGGAAGAGAGGAAGGAGAAGUGUUUUGAAUGUUGAUGGAUCAGAUUUGAAGGAACCACCACCAGAAGAUAAGAAGGAUGAUGAUGCUAAUGCUCUUUUGUUCUUAGCUACUACUGCAGAAGCAGCUGCUAGUCUUAAUACUGCGGAGGCUUAUAAUUCCCAUUCUGUUGAAGAGAAAAAUCUGGAAAUGGUUAAGAAAAGGAAGAAGAAGAAGAAAAGUUUGUCUGAGAUGGAGAAAGAAGUCAAAGAACCAUCGUCUACUGAUCAUGAUCAUCAGCUUGAUCAGGUUGUUGUAGCAGCAGCUGAGGAAGGUGGUGCUGGUGUACGAGAGAAGCACGUGUGUGUGACUUGCAACAAGUCGUUCACUUCUUAUCAAGCUUUAGGAGGUCAUAGAGCAAGUCACAACAAGGUCAAGAUUGUGGAGAAUCAUCAAGCUAGGGCAAACGCUGAAGCUUCGUUACUUGGAAUCGAAGCAAUAGUAACCGGUUUAACUAGUGCUCAAGGAUCAAACACAUCUUUAAACAGUGGUAACAAUGGAGAUCACAUAUGUAACAUUUGUCACAAAAGCUUCCCAACAGGUCAAGCUCUUGGAGGGCACAAGAGAUGUCAUUGGACUGGACCAGUUUCUACUGAGGCUGCUCAAACCGCGGCUCCUGCAGGAGCGUCUUUUAGUCAAGCAACAGAGACAGUGCAAGAGGUGAAGAAGUUGAAGAGAACGUUUAUGGAGUUUGACUUGAAUGAGUUGCCACCUAAUGAAGACGAAUAAGAAGAAAGAGUCUAAGAGACGUAUAUAUGCAAGCAAAGUAAGCUUUUUAACAUUAAAACAAAAACAAAAACAAACUUAUUAUAAAUUAGGAAGUAUAAUGAUGGUAAAAAGGAGUUGUUGACAUUGUAGUCUUGAAAAACAAAAAAACAAAAAGACAGAAAGAUAUUUUGA